UCACUCCCACAUUAUAAUUUUUAAUACUUAAAUAUUUUUGAAAAUGGUUACUUCUUAUCGUAAAAUGAUCAAAUCCGUUCAGAUACUGACUGUAAUUUGCGUCACAUUAUAUUUCUUCAGUCUUAGCUUGUAUUAUAAAAGUGGUUUAGAAAACUGUGAAAAAAAUUUGAAUGCAGCCAGUAUAAAUAAUUCUACUCAAGUAAAUCUGGACGAUAGAAACUUCAGUGAGAAAUUAUCUUUGGAAUUAGCGCAGACUGUGAAUCCUAAUGUGCCCUUUGUAGCAUGGGGACAAAUGAAAGGGAAACUUAAGUCCUACAACAGAAGCUGCGCCCCAUACGUUUCUCCCCUAAAUGUAAAAUUUGCCAACCUUUACUGGCAGGUUCAGCAAAUGCCCACAUUUAACUCGACCUUCUACCUUUUUGGUGCCUACCUGGAUGAACGCAAGUUGGCCCUGAAGGACACGAGGCCUGUUGUACGAAUUUUAACCCUGAGCACCACCUUUCUGAACUCAUCAAGGUCAGCGUUCUGCCAGUUUUGGUACAGUAGUGGAAACGAACCAGCCAUGUCAAAGGUCACGUCGUUCAAUUACGCGUGGAAGGUCGAAUGGGGUGGCAUGGCCACUGCCCCAGUGUACCCUUACCUGGUCACCUGUCCGAUUCCACCUGAAUAUGGGGAUAAGGUGCCGGAUUCUGUUUCCCUGGUCCAACGAAAGUGCGACAAAGCCACAAAUAACAUCAGGGUGGUCUUCAACCCUUUGCCAAAGGACGAGAAGAAAAAGGAUUUUGCUGUUUGCGUAAAAGGACUGUACCUGAGCAACAACCCUGCAGCCGCCCUUAGGCUGGCCGAGUGGACAGAAUUGGUCAAAAUUCUCGGUGCCCAAAAAAUAAUAUUUUUUCAGUACAACGCCCACAGUAACGUCGCCAGGGUGCUGGAUCACUACCAGAGAGUAGACAAUGUCGAGGUGAUUCCCAUAACAAUGCCAGGUUACUUCACCAACAACCCCUACGUGAUGAAUGCAUUUAUGAAAAACCAAGUAAUUCUUCGACGGGUGAUGGAGGCAAUUGUGUACAACGACUGCUUUUACCAGAAUAUGUACCUUUACAAUUAUGUCAUCAUAUUCGACAUCGACGAAAUAAUUUUGCCCCUAAGCGUUGACUCGUGGGCUGACCUGAUAUACCAGAAGGGUAUUCCCCAGGCAAGAGCUGAAGGCAAACGCGAGGUGGCUGCUUUCCUGGCACGCAACGUCUUUUUCAUGGACGACAAACCUGAACCUGCGACAGACAUCCCUGCCCAUAUGCAUAUGCUGAGCCACGUGCGGCGAAAUUCGCAGCACGACGGCCACAACAUGACCGGAAACAUUUCUUUCAAGACGUUCCAAAGCACCGAAAGGGUGCUGUCGGCGCACACGCACUACCCCAUCGAGUGUCUCGGUGGGGUCGCGUGCGAAAUUUUCACCUUCAACCUGGAAGACGCUCAUUUGCAGCAAUACUGCAUCGGUAAAAAAUUAAAAAGAGCGUGCAAUACGACUGAUACCUUUUUGACAAUGGACACUUCCAUCUGGAGAUUUAAGGAUCGAUUAAUUAGUGCAACCGAGGACGUGCUCAGGGAAACGAGAAUUCUCAAUUAGAAGAGGAAUUAAAUGAGCUUUUACCACUCUAAAUGGGAUAAAAUUUAAAUUGAUUUUUUCAAAUU